UUUAAAAGUUGUAAAUAUGAAUAUAGUACAAAAACUAAGCAAGAACUAGCAAUGUUAAGAACCUUAUAUAAAUUAACUUAUACAUUUAAAAUAAAGAAGAAUUUAUGGAUUCAGCCAUUAAAAAUAUGCUCUAUAACGACAGAAAGCAAUAGUGAAAAUGUAAAAUUUUCAAAAUCCAAAAGCUCAAUUUUACAAUUAAUAAAUACAAGUGGUUUGAAACAAUUAUCACAAUUCAUAGAAGCAUCACAUGCUAAAACAAUAAUAUCAAUCCGUAAGAAGGAUGGACUUUAUAAAUCAUUAAAUGAUUUAUCAUUAAGGACUGAAAUAAAUAAUGAUGUUUUAGCUAAAUUUUAUCAAACGAUCAGUAAUGAAAUCCCUACGCAUAUAUGGAGCAAAUAUAUAACACCUAACAAAAGAAUAUUUCAGAUGCCAGCAACAACAUUGGCUAUACAUGUAGGUCCUUCUGCAAUAAAUUGGACAGUUGUAAAUUGUGAUUUUAAGAUAUUAGAUUGGGAUAGCAGAGUUUGGCGGAAUGAAACUUCAAACAUUACAACUUAUGAUACAAUCAACUUGAUUGCAUCUGUUACUCAACAAUUACCAGUAUGUAAUUGUUAUGUAAUGGAAGAAAUUAAAAUGAUAAAAAAUAAAUCAAGUAAUUUAUUAAUACAAAACCAGAUAAAUACUGGUAUUGCAAGCUGUCUUAAAUUGAUAACAAAUCAAGGAACGAAUAAUUCAUCAAAAAAUAGAUUAUACUUAUUAAAAUCUUUCGCUUCAGCGCGCUAUUUCCAUCUUACAAUUGGUUCUGAAGCAGUAAGUACAGACUAUAUUAUGAAGAAAAUACUAAGUGAUACUGAUGUAGAUGAUGAAAUAUUACAGCGUGUAAAUGUAGAUGAGAAAUUGAAAAGGAAAUACAAUAAAAUGUUUACAGAUGAAAAAGAACAGAUAGGUUGGUCUGUAUUGAAAGCUUUAACAUUUAUGUGUAUAGUUGACAGAUAUAAUAAAUAUGUAUAAUGUUAAA